AUGCGCUAUGUUCAAUUAUUGAAUUACCCAGAAUAUGACAAAAAUGAAAGGAAAAGGAAAAGAAAUCAAAUGAAUUUAUCUGUGGAGAAAAGAUAUGGACAUUUUCUAAACAGGUUUAGCGGAUGGGAUAGUAGACACUGGGAAAAAGGAAGAGCCAUGUGGAAGGAAGAAACGGUAAAACAAAACAUACACGAAAAUGUGCAUACGAAUUUUCGUGAAAAUAUUUAUAAAGGAUCGUAUAAAGCAAAAAAUAACAUGGACGCCGAGAAUAAUUCGUCAGCAGUACGCCGUGUAAUUUUAGAAAAGAAGCAAAAAUUUGGAAAAUAUAUAGGAAGAAAUAAUUUUUGUAAUUACAUCCCGAUGAAUAAAAAAUUUAAUUCCUCUCUAUCCAAUGAGAUUUCCAGAAUGGACGAGUCAAAGAGAGUUGUUGAAAAUUAUGCGACACCAAAGUUGCAUGAAAAAAACAACCCAUUAGAAAGGCCUAAGAAAAUGCAGAGGUUGCAUGAAAAAAACAGUCCAUUGGAAGAGCUUAAGACAAGGGAAAGUUUGUAUGAAAAAAACAACCCAUUUGAAAGGCCUAAGAAAAUGCAGAGGUUGCAUGAAAAAAACAGUCCAUUGGAAGAGCUUAAGACAAGGGAAAAUUUGCAUGAAAAAAACAACCCAUUAGAAAGGCCUAAGAAAAUGCAAAUUUUGCAUGAAAAUAACAACACACUGGAAGAGCUUAAGACAACGGAAAGUUUGCAUGAAAAAAACAGUUCAUUGGAAGAGCUUAAGACAACGGAAAGUUUGCAUGAAAAAAACAGUUCAUUGGAAAGGCCUAAGAAAAUGCAAAAUUUGCAUGAAAAUAACAACACACUGGAAGAGCUUAAGACAACGGAAAAUUUGCAUGAAAAAAACAGUUCAUUGGAAGAGCUUAAGACAACGGAAAGUUUGCAUGAAAAAAACAGUUCAUUGGAAGAGCUUAAGACAAGGGAAAAUUUGCAUGAAAAAAACAACCCAUUAGAAAAGCCUAAGAAAAUGCAAAUUUUGCAUGAAAAUAACAACACACUGGAAGAGCUUAAGACAAGGGAAAAUUUGGACCAAUUAAACUGUAAUACUUCAACCAACAAAAAGAUGUCCAAAUGGCAUGCAAAAAAAAAAAGCAGACUUGAAAAUAUGAAAGUACAUAAUGAUGCUAUUCCCAAGGAUAUGCUUAAGGCUAUUUUGUCCAAGUGCAUCGAUGUAAGGGGUUAUAUUGUCAAUAACAAAAAAAAUUUUGAAAACAUGUUAAUCAAUUUGUUCAACGAAUAUAUGUUCUUGAAAAGGUAUAUGAUCAGUAACUACAACACAUAUCAUAAGUUGAAAUUUUUCCUUAGUUGUAAUCAUUAUGUAAAAAAGUUAAAUGAUGUAUUAUCCACUUUUUGUGAUGUUGUGCAAGAGGUUAACGAAUAUUUCGUGAUAGAGUUGUAUAAAAAAAUAAGAAUUAAUUUGAGAUUGCUGUACUAUGUAGCAAGAAUAUUAUCGAACUAUAUGACAUGUAUUGCUUAUAGAAAAGUGGGAUACAUAACAAUGAUUUGUAUUUCUCGAGUACACACAAUUUAUAAAUGCAUGCUUAUAUCAGAACCCUUUAAGAAUCAUGUUCCAGAACUGCUAAAAAUGAUUAAUUAUAAUAAAAGAAACAAAUUAAUUAUAUAA